AUGUCUUCUGGUGGCAAGUCUGGUGGUAAGGCCGGUGACGUUUCGUCGGCCAAGACCCAAUCGCGUUCGGCCAAGGCCGGUCUGCAGUUCCCCGUCGGUCGUAUUCACCGUCUUUUGCGCAAGGGCAACUAUGCCCAGCGCAUCGGUGCCGGCGCCCCCGUUUACCUUGCCGCUGUGCUUGAGUAUCUCACUGCCGAGAUUCUCGAGCUGGCAGGUAACGCCGCGCGUGACAACAAGAAGUCGCGUAUCAUUCCCCGUCACUUGCAGCUCGCUAUCCGCAACGAUGAGGAGCUUAACAAGCUGCUUGGCGGUGUGACCAUCAGCCAGGGUGGUGUUUUGCCGUUUAUUCAGAGCGAGCUCUUGCCUGCCAAAAGUGGCAAGUCGAAGAAGGCGGUUGGCUCCCAGGAGAUUUAA